ACUUUUUCGGAUCAAACCACAUCGCGAAUUCUCUCCUACCGGCCUGUUUCGAGAGCCGAUUACACAAUGAUUUUAUAAUAAGGGACAGAGGUGUCAAGUUAGGAGAAUGAAGGGUUUCAAUUUCGCAAUGGCAAGUGCGUUUGCAAGGUCUAUUCCAAGGGUGGCUUCGACGAGAGGUGUGUGGACUUGUAGACAAUGUCUGCUGCAAUCGCGAGGCAGUAGGAUAGGGGACCAACUGAGGGGAUAUGCGAGAAGGAGUAAUGCAUACGGAAAUGGGAGUGCCAAGUCUGCGAAGUCGAAGAGGAGAGGUAGGGUUAUUGUUGCGACCGCGGGAGGUGCGUUGGGUGUCACUGCCGUGGCGUUUACGGAUGAUGUGAGGCAUGCUUAUGAGGCUGUCGAGAGGACCGGGAGGGUGGUUAGUACGUUGGCUGUUUGUAUAAAUGAUUAUCGAGUUACUCUGAAUCAAAACGAGAAGACCAAGGACGAGGAGGAGAGGAAUGUCUCCUUGAAGGCAUGUCACCAGAGGUGUGCGAAUCGGACACUCAAAGUGCUGGAGAAGAAUGGUAGUAUUUUCAUAAAGCUGGGACAGCAUCUGAGCGCCAUGAAUUACCUCCUUCCCCUCGAAUGGACUACGACUUUCAUACCCCUCCAAGACAAAUGUCCCGUCUCGUCAUUCGAAUCUAUAGAAGCUAUGUUCGAGCAAGAUACAGGGGAACAAUUAUCAGAUUACUUCUCGGAGUUCGAACAUCAGCCGAUAGGUGCUGCCUCACUUGCACAAGUACAUCUGGCAACUGUAAAAGAGACCGGGCAGAAGGUAGCCGUCAAAGUCCAACACCCUACUUUAGCUGAAUGGGCCGGGCUGGAUUUGGCUUUGACAAGCUUCACCUUCUCAACAUUAAAGAGAUUCUUUCCCGAAUAUGACCUGGAAUGGCUAUCUUCUGAGAUGGAGUACUCUUUACCGCAAGAAUUGGAUUUUGCUUUAGAAGGGCAAAACGCUAUACGAGCCAAGGAAUACUUUUCACAUAUACCGGAACUACCUCUUGUAGUUCCAGAUGUCAUCUGGGCAAAGAAGCGGAUCCUAGUCAUGGAAAACGUAUCUGGCCACCGACCAGACGACCUCGAAUUCCUUGACGCAAACGGCAUAGACAGGGACGAAGUCUCAGCAGCACUCGCUCGAAUCUUCAACGAAAUGAUCUUCGGCACCGACGCCCCACUACAUUGCGAUCCCCACGGCGGGAACAUAGCCAUCCGUAAGAACCCCAACAGACGAGGUUGCAACUUCGACGUAAUCCUCUACGACCACGGCCUCUACCGCGACAUACCCAUCGAUCUCCGUCGUUCAUAUGCCAAGCUCUGGCUAGCAGUCAUCGACGCCGACGAGGAGCGAAUGCGCAAGUACGCCAAAGAAGUAGCCGGCGUCAAUGACGAGCAAUUCCCCCUAUUCGCCUCAGCUAUCACGGGUCGCGACUACAGCGUUCUGAAGAAGAACGUCGCUCAGGCAAGAUCCUCGGAAGAGAAGAAGAAUAUCAAUACAGCCCUGGGAGAAGGGAUGUUGCAGCAGCUAGUUCAAUUGCUAGGUCAGGUUCCGAGAAUUAUUCUUCUUAUUUUGAAGACAAAUGAUUUGACGCGGAGCUUGGAUGAGAAUUUACAGACUCGGCAGGGUCCUGUGAGGACAUUUUUGAUAUUAGCGAGGUAUUGCUCACGGACGGUGUUUGAGGAGCAGGUUGAGGAGUUGCGGAAGAGGGGAAGCUUGCUGUGGCCGAGAAAUUUGGUGGGCUUACUUGGGGCGUGGUUGGGGUACGUGAGGGUCGAGGUUAAGCUGGAGGCCUUUGAGUUUUGGCUGGCAGUUAAGAGAGGCUGGCAAGAUGUGGUUGGGUAGAUGUAUAUAUGUGUAUAGAUGAUGUAGAUAGCAGACAUAGAAAGAAUCAUAGACUUCAUUUUCAAUCAAAAGGU